AUUCACUUGUCUCAAAUCUUUUUAGCGGGUGUCUCAUUUAUUUUAACUUAUUUUUUUUGAAUCGUCUCAUUUUAGUUUAAAAACUGUAAUGAACUCUAAUCAAGAGGAGAAUGAACCCCGACUGAAUCAAGCAACAUACCGAGAUCUUGUUAUAUUUGAAGAAAGAUUAAAGGGCAACAUGACGAGAUUAUUGAAAAGAAAAAGAAAAUAUGAAGCCCUUCUCGUAGCCUUAUUUAUAUUUUUAGCCUACUUUUUUUAUGCUGUCUUUAUUGAUCCCAGCAAAAUCUUUACUGUUCAUUUAAUAAACACUAUUGCCUUAUUAACUGUAGCAGGCGGUCUUGUCUUCUUUUAUAGAUCUGGAAUGUAUUCAGAAAAGAUUAUCUAUGCACAAAAAUUUGUUGUUCAUUGUAAUAAUGCACUAAGGGCCUUCAACUUGGAGUUUGACGCCAACAACAAGUCAUUGAGUCUAUUGUCUGAUUUACCCAAACAGUUUCAAGAAGGGUUUGAAGGAUAUCGAAGACAAUAUCACCUAAGAAAGAAAGCAAGACAGGCUAAAUCAAAGAAACAAUAAUCUUUAUUAAAAAUCAGUCACUCUUCCACCAAAGCUCCAGUCAUUGUGUUUAACAGGUUCAGUCUUUGGACCGUUGACUUCACCUGUCUUUGGGUUGACAUCACCCUCGAAUUCGGCUUGUGGUUUUUUUAUUGCGUCUUGGUGUAAUUCUGUACUUUGUACGUCUUGUUCUUGUCUCUUUCGAAUGAGGUCCAGCAUUUCUUUUUGCUGCUUUUUAUUUCCAAGUGGAAGUGGUCCUGGUCUGUUGAGUGAAGAAUAAGUACGGACAAGAGUUGUUCUAAGCAUAAUAAUGAAAGAAGAAAAAAGAGAGAUAUAAAAAUUUAGCCGGGG